AUUGCAUCUCGGACUAGCUUACCAUCUAGCUCGAUCGUGCUCUCUUGAUUGCAUUUCAUCUCCUAGAGCCACUGCUUGCUAGCUAGAGCUUAAGCUAGGACGACAUGGGAAGCACUCCGGCAGUCGACGAGCUCCGCCGUGCGCAGCGCGCAGAAGGCCCGGCCACCGUGCUGGCCAUCGGCACGGCGAACCCGGCGAACUGCGUGGCCCAGGAAGACUACGCCGACUUCUACUGCCGCGUCACCAACACCGGCCACGUCGACGGCCUCAAACACAAACUAAACGCACUCUGUGUGUCGGCGUCGGGCUCCCAGAAGCGUUUCUUUUACCACACGGAGGAGAUGAUCAGCGCGCACCCUGAGUUCGUGGACCGCGCGAAGCAGUCGCUCGACGCGCGGCUGGAGGUCGCCGCUGCCGCCGUCCCGGAGCUCGCCGCGUCGGCCGCGGCGAGGGCCGUCGAGAAGUGGGGCCGUCCCGCCGCCGACAUCACCCACCUCGUCGUGACCACCAACGCCGGUGCGCACGCCCCGGGCGCCGACGUCCGCCUCGCGGCGCUCCUCGGCCUCCGCCCAACCGUGCGCCGCACCAUGAUCCACCUCAACGGAUGCUCCGCCGGAGCCGCCGCGCUGCGCCUCGCCAAGGACCUCGCCGAGAACAGCCGCGGCGCGCGCGUCCUCGUGGCCUGCGUCGAGCUCACCGUCCUCAGCUUCCGUGAGCCCGACCGCGCCCACACCGUCACCUGCCAGGCGCUGUUCGGCGACGGCGCCGGGGCGGUCAUCGUCGGCGCCGACGCCGUGCGCCCCGUCGAGCACCCGAUGUUCGAGAUCGUCUCCGUCGGGCAGACCCUGAUACCCGGAACCGAGCACGUGAUCACCAUGCAGCUCACGGAGCACGGCCUCGACGGCGACAUCGCCGCCAAGGAGCUCGUGCCUCUAGCCGCGGACAACGUCGAGCAAUGCCUCCACGACGCUCUCGGGCCGCUCUGCCUGGACGGUGGCGAGUGGAACGAUCUGUUCUGGGUGGUGCACCCCGGCAGCCCGUUGAUCUUGGACCACAUCGAAAGGGCGCUCGGGCUGAAGCAAGGGAAGCUGGCGGCGAGCCGAAAGGUGCUAAGGGAGUACGGCAACAUGCUCGGCAGCACGCUGAUCUUCGUGCUCGACGAGCAACGGCGGCGGAUGGAGGAGGAAGGAGACGGAGCUGAGUGGGGGGUGAUGAUGGGGUUCGGACCAGGUUUCACCAUUGAGACCAUGGUUUUGCACGCACCUGAACGCCGGAACAAAAAUUAGUUCACACUUUCUUAGAAGAGGUUUGCUUCAGUCCAACAAAAAGUAACUUGAGGUACCGGUACAUUAAGAUAUCAAAUCAUUUCUGAUCAUUGGAUCUA